AUGGCCAGAGUAUUAAAAGUGGAUCGUUCGCGGCUAAGAAGCCAUCUGGACGAGUCCGACACCUCAGUAUUUCCCGACAAGAGUAACUGGUCAUUAUUCGAGCUGAUGGAAGACAGCGCUUCAACAGGGUUGAUUUUAAAAUCCGAGAAGCCAUGGCGUAAAGUAGCAUCAAAUCUUUACCAAGAAUUUUUAGAAAUAAUCCAGUCACAUUCCUCGGAGCCCCAAGUUUUUGACACGAUCGCGGACUUUGUCCAGAAUUGCACUCACGCUUUAGAAGUAAUGCGAGACAUGCAAUCAAAGGUCGAGAACACUGAGCUUUGCGAAGAAGAAAUAAGCUUGACCAAUGAGCGAAACACCUGGCGGCUUUUGUACUGUCUCUACAAGAACCGACUAGCCUCCCACUCGCAGAUGGACACCGACGCUAAUGGCAAUAACUACGUCUCGGAAAAAGACGUGAUAACAAACUUGCUGAGCAGCGAGAGCCAGGUUCGCGAGUACCAGCUGAUAAUUGACUGGCUGGAGAAGAACGCUUGUGAUGAGCUAGAGUAUCUUCCUAAAAUUGAACACUUUACUGAUAAAACCGUCGCUUGGGAAAACACACUUCAUCAGUUGCAAAAUCAACAGUCGGGAAUUACCUUUGGCUCGAGCAGACCGCUGGUUACUUCUUUGGAUCCCGAUGCGCCGAUCAGGGAAGGCAAACCUUUGCACGACCUUGACAGAGAAGACGAUGCGCGGCUUGAGAAAAGAAUGUUCUUGGAGGUUCGCUGUGGAAGACUUCAGCGGGCUCAAGAGUUGGCGAUUCACUGCGGGCAACCUUGGAGGGCUGCUUGCUUGCUUGGUUGGCAGCCUCAUCAUGAUCCUAAUUACAAGAAUCCACUUGUUGAUACGAAAUUACCGAUAGAGGGAAAUCCUAAUCGAGCACUUUGGAAACUUAAUGCCUGGUACAUGUCUCAGGAUACUCGUCUGGGUGCGUUUAACCGCGCGAUUUAUGCCAGUCUUUGUGGGAAUAUUACUCAGCUGUUGGCGGUUUCGAGGAGCUGGGAAGAUGCUCUUUGGUCACAUGUUAAGGUAUUGAUGGACAUUGAAGUAGAAUCAGAACUUCGCGGAGUAGUACCAAAAAAUUACGUCGCUAUGCCAGACGAAUACUGGAAAUCAAAGCUAAACUUGGAAGAAAUCUUCAACGACCUUCACUCCUCCAAGGAAGCUAUAAUAAUGAAGCUAUCAAAUACACCUGACCAUAUGAUCCAAAAGUACUUAAUAUUAGACCAAGUUCCUCAGCUGAUGGAAAUAAUCGAAGACUGGAUUGACAGUGACCAGUGCAGACCUCAAUUCUUGAGGUUCCUCGCGCACUUAGUACUAUUUUUGCGGCAAAUCGGUAAAAUUGGCAAUCAAAGUGACAAAGUUGGAGACAAAGUUCUACUCGCGUAUGUGAAAUUGCUGAUUGAAAUCGGGGAGCCGACUUUGGUGGCCUUUUACACCGCUACGCUCCAGCAGGAAGAACAGGUGACUUAUUAUGCCCAGUACUUGGAACGUAUAAGAGGUACUGAGAUGAGGAAACAGUGUCUCACGGCUGCUGAAGAUGCAAAUCUAAAUGUAGAAGCUGUUACUAAGAUGGUCGUUGAGAAUAUUCGGGGAAAGAAUGUCGAGGAUGUUGACAAGUUAGAUAUGUUGGGAAGCAAGAUCACGGAGUUUGAUUUGGAGAAGAUUGACGCGCUGGAGUGGAUGACUUUCUAUCCCAAUCAAAGAGAAGAAGCUCUUUGGCAAGCUAAUGCUCUUAUUAGAUAUUUUCUGACGUGUGAUAAGAUUGAUGCUGCCAGACAAGCUUUUGAUAAGAUCCCAGCAGACACAAUUGGAUUGGUAAUGAUGGACCAGCCGUCAAUGGAAAAUACUUUCGUUGACCAAACAGUAACCGAAGACUUGAACCACCAUAAAUCUUCAGCAUCUAUCCGCGAGUACCUCUGUUUUAAGGCUUACCUAGACGCACAGGAGGGUUUCCAAGAGUGGUUCAGACAUUUUCACCACGGAAAACCCAUACCACUGGAGCCACUACCAAUGUAUGCUACGUUUACCGAAAAAGUCGCCUACGACCACAAAAAAGCUGAGUAUCAAGCCAACCUAGAAAACUGGAAGGCUACCAUGCAGCGUCACACAAAAGCCGUUAAGCAGCUGCUAUUCAACGUUCUUCUGUUUCCCGACGGAGGUUGGCUGGUCGACAGAAUAUCAACAAUGCCGCCAGACCACCUCCGCAAGCACCAGCUCUUAAAAUUGCGGAGUCUGUGUAUCCCCAAAAUAACGCUGCUGUUGAUAAAUGUCAUGUCGGAGAUGAACGAGCAUGCCGAGUGCAUUGAACUUGCAGAUACUCUCGCCUCAGAACGGUACCAGCUGUACAAAGUAUUCCCGAAAGAACGUUUGCGAGAAGUCUACAGGAAAAUAUGUGAGUCGUCUCUUGUUCUUAUGGAUCAAAAAAAAGAUGCAUGGGGUUAUUCUAAAUAA